AUGUCAACUCCCGUUCAGUCGACGCCUACCAAGGCAGCCGUUGCGCCUGUUGUCGACAGUCCUGGUACUUGGCGACAUCCUCGAUUGAAUGAAAUCACCCGGAGGCAGAACGCGACGAACUUUUCGGAGAAGAACAUUAGGCAAAUAGCCUAUAAUGUAGUUGCAUUGUUGGCCCUCUGGUCUCUCCGUUUACUCGCAAAAAUGAAGAUCAACCCCCAAAUCGUAUCAAGCACUUUCCGAACAUACUUGAGCUGGGCUUGGUUUGUUUUCCAGGUCAUUCCGUUUAUUCAGAUUGGCGUGGCCUGUCUGCCCCUUAUCCGUGCGAAAGACGACCUCGCCGAUAUACCAUUGACCGCCGCCCAGCGAAAGCUUUUGGGCCUGUCGCCAUCGUCGGCUCCCCCGACUCCAGAUGCGAAAUUCAGCACGCCCCCACGAUAUUCGCGGACACCUUCGAUUGCGGGAUCUGUUGGAAGCAGGGGUAGUUAUGCCAGCUCACCACUGUCCGGACGAGGGAGCCCACUCAUCCCAGGCACAUUUGGAGCCUCUGGUUCGCAAUACUCCCCAGUUGGUAGCCCUAUUUUGCAAAAGAGCAUCAGUGGACUGGGGAACGGCCGCCGAUCAUCUUUUGGGUCAACCAGUCCCUUUGCCCAGAGCACGUCUGCCAACUUGUUCUCUGAGCCUGGUUCUCCGAGUCCAUCUGGAGGGAAACGUACAAGCGUUGGCCUAAAUAGCAAGUGGCUUUACGAGAAGGGACGACGAUCCUCCGGCAACGCUUGGCUGCAUUAG